GGUGGGUUGGCUUAUAAUAAGAGCAGCAUAGGAAGCCAGAGGCAGGAGAGCAAAGGCAAGACAGAGGCAGCUGAGAACUGUUCUUGCACCUGUGGAAUGGGGACCAGAUAUAUUUACUUUUUCUUCCUUUAAGAAGCAACUGAUCCUGGAAGCUGAAGUUAAUUUCCAUUUCCAAGAGGCAACUGAAGGACAUUCGGGAGAGGCAGAUUGUUCUAGCUUGGCAAGUUGCUAUGGCCAGACCACAAAUGAUGGCUCCCAUUUGUCUGGUGGAGAACCACAAGGAUCAGCUGUCUGUGAACCAAACAGCCAUAGAUAUUCUGAACAACAUUUCCCAGCCAGUGGUAGUUGUAGCUAUUGUUGGAUUGUACCGUACAGGGAAGUCCUACCUGAUGAACCGUCUGGCAGGACAGAAUCAAGGCUUCCCUCUGGGCUCCACUGUGCAGUCUGAAACCAAGGGCAUCUGGAUGUGGUGUGUGCCCCAUCCAAGCAAGCCAAACCACACCCUGGUCCUCCUGGACACUGAGGGCCUGGGCGACGUGGAAAAGGGAGACCCUAAGAAUGACUCAUGGAUCUUCGCCUUGGCUGUGCUUCUGAGCAGCGUCUUUGUGUACAAUGGCGUAGGCACCAUCAACCACCAGGCCCUGGAGCAGCUGCAUUACAUCACAGAACUCACUGAGCUGAUCAGGGCAAAGUCUUCCGCAAGUCCUGAUGGAAUAAAGAAUUCCACAGAGUUUGUGAGUUUCUUCCCAGACUUCGUCUGGGCUGUUCGGGAUUUCACACUGGAGCUGCAGAUAGAUGGAAAGAGCAUCACGGAGGAUGAGUACCUGGAGAACGCACUGAAGCUGAUCCCAGGUGACAAUCCCAGAAUCCAAGCAUCCAAUCUGUCCAGGGAGUGCAUCAGACUUUUCUUUCCUAAACGAAAGUGUUUUGUCUUUGACCGACCAACGCAUGACAAAACACUCUUACACAAGCUUGAUACUGUCUCAGAAGAACAACUGGAUCCUAUGUUCCUGAAACAAACGAAUGCUUUUGUUUCUUACAUCUUCACCCAUGCAAAGUGCAAGAUGCUCAGAGAGGGAAUUAAGGUCACUGGGAAUCGACUGGGGACUCUGUUGACGACCUACGUGGAUGCCAUCAACAGUGGAGCUGUGCCUUGUCUGGAUGAUGCAGCGACAACUCUGGCCCAGCGUGAGAACUCAGCAGCUGUGCAGAAGGCAGCUGAGCACUACAGUGAGCAGAUGGGCCAGCGACUGAGGCUCCCCACAGACACGCUCCAGGAGCUGCUGGGUGUGCACACAGCCUGCGAGAAGGAAGCCAUUGCUGUCUUCAUGGAGCACUCCUUCAAGGACGAAAACCAGCAAUUCCAGAAGAAGCUGCUGAAAUUAAUAGAUGAGACGAAAAGGAUGUUCAUGUUGAAGUAUGAAGAAGCAUCAGUUCAAUACUGCCAGAAAAAACUGAAUCUGCUUUCAAAGGCUUUUGUGGGAGACUCUAAGAAUGACUCAUGGAUUUUUGCCCUGGCUGUGCUUCUGAGCAGCACAUUUGUCUACAACAGCAUGGGCACCAUCAACCACCAGGCCCUGCAGCAGCUGCAUUACAUCACAGAACUCACUGAGCUGAUCAGGGCAAAGUCUUCCGCAAGUCCUGAUGGAAUAAAGAAUUCCACAGAGUUUGUGAGUUUCUUCCCAGACUUCGUCUGGGCUGUUUGGGAUUUCAUGCUGGAGCUGAAGUUAGAUGGAAAGAGCAUCACGGAGGACGAGUACCUGGAGAACGCACUGAAGCUGAUCCCAGGUGACAAUCCCAGAAUCCAAGCAUCCAAUCUGUCCAGGGAGUGCAUCAGACUUUUCUUUCCUAAACGAAAGUGUUUUGUCUUUGACCGACCAACGCAUGACAAAACACUCUUACACAAGCUUGAUACUGUCUCAGAAGAACAACUGGAUCCUAUGUUACUGGAACAAACGAAUGCUUUUGUUUCUUACAUCUUCACCCAUGCAAAGAGCAAGAUGCUCAGAGAGGGAAUUAAGGUCACUGGGAAUCGACUGGGGACUCUGGUGACGACCUACGUGAAUGCCAUCAACAGUGGAGCUGUGCCUUGUCUGGAUGAUGCGGUGACAACUCUGGCCCAGCGUGAGAACUCAGCAGCUGUGCAGAAGGCAGCUGAGCACUACAGUGAGCAGAUGGACCAGCGACUGAGGCUCCCCACAGACACGCUCCAGGAGCUGCUGGGUGUGCACACAGCCUGCGAGAAGGAAGCCAUUGCUGUCUUCAUGGAGCACUCCUUCAAGGACGAAAACCAGCAAUUCCAGAAGAAGCUGCUGGAAUUAAUAGAUGAGAAGAAAAGGAUGUUCAUAUUGAAAAAUGAAGAAGCAUCAGAUCAAUACUGCCAGGAAGAACUCAAUCAGCUUUCACAGUCUUUGACAGAAAAUAUUUCAACAUUUUCUGUUCCGGGAGGACACAGGCUCUACAUGGAAAUGAGGGAGAAGAUUGAGCACGACUAUUGGCAGGUGCCCCGGAAAGGAGUGAAGGCAAGUGAAGUCUUCCAGAGCUUUCUGCAGUCACAAGCCACCAUCGAGAGUUCCAUCCUGCAGGCAGAUACAGCCCUAACUGCUGGAGAGAAGACUAUUGCAGAGGAGCGGGCCCAGAGGGAGGCAGCUGAGAAGGAACAGGAGCUGCUAAGACAGAAGCAGGAGGAGCAGCAGCAACUGAUAGAGGCUCAAGAAAAAAGUCACAAGGAAAACCUUGAGCAGCUGAAAAUGAAGCUGAUGCAGGAGCGUGAACAGCUCAUCAAGGACCAUACAAUAAUGCUGGAGAGUCAGCAGCAGCAUCAAAAGGCUUUGCUUGAAGAAGGAUUUAAGAAGAAAUCUGAGGAAAUGAGUAGAGAAAUUCAGCGACUGACAUCUACUGUCAAUGACAUGGAAGAAAACAAUGGUUCCUUUAUAGAUCGCAUCCUAAAAGAAUUUGUUACAAGGAUUGCCGCCCCUGUUUUACUGCCCGUGAUGGCUGUGAAAAGAAUUAUUUCAGCAUUCAAAUAGGAUUUGCUCUUAUUUUGAUGAAAUGAUAGACCCUGAAUAUAUACUCUGCCUUUUUAUGAAGCUUCACAUUUUUAUUUUCAUUCAGCAAAUUUCAGCAUUAAAAGUGCUAAUUAGAGGACAUGCAUGCCUGCCCCACAUUAGAUAGAACAUAUACAUGUCUGCACAGACAAUGCUUUCUUCAAGGCACAAAUGUUUAAACCAUUCCUAUGAAAGCUAUGAUUACCCAUUGUACACUGUCACAGUGACUGUCGGUCAACUGGUCUCUAAAUAGAACCACCCAGGACACAAUCUCUUCUGCACCCUGUGAGGACCAUCUUGACUAGGUUAGCUCGUGGGGAAUCAUCUCUGGUCACUAUAGUAGCAAACCUAUCUCAAAUGCGGGCACCACCAUUCCUGUGGCUUGGGGACUCAGUUAAUAGGUGAAAGCAAGCUGGGCACUAACUUGUACCAGUUGUUACUUUCUGACUGGAUGUCAUGUGAUCAGCCAGUCUCCCCUUAUGUCUGCAUGCCUUCUCUGCCUUGCUAAGUAUACCAUCUGGACCCAUGAACUGGAGUAAACCCUUAAGUUGCUUUUGUUGAACCAUUUUGUCACAGCAAGAAGAAAAGGAAUUGAUAUCAUUGGUGAUAAAUGUGGAACCUACUUAAGCAUCAUUUUGAAAGAUUGGUAACAAAUUGUAAUAUGUCCUAAUCCUGGACUGCGGUAUAGUCAAGAAACAAGUGUCAGACAGGUUUCCUGUAUACUAAUGUAAAUUGAUCAUAAAGAUUUCUUAUGAUUUCUUCUUUAUUAAAUAAAGUGAAAACUCCACAUAA